AUGGCUGCAGCGAUCGUCGUGGCGCAUAAGAAGAAGAUUCGUUCACCUGACCUUCGGUUUCGGGAUGAGCUUCAAGAUCAGAGAAUGCCGUCGGAGCACUCCUGCAUCUUCUCUGGCAUCCUGGAGAAGAAGAUCGUAGGGUCCUCCAUCACAUGGCAGCAGCGAAGAGCCGUGCUGACCUCGACCCACCUGCUCUUUGCAAGGAUCGAUGACGAUAUGAACAACGUGGUCGACCAGAUCCCGCUGCACGAGAUAAUUGCGAUCAUCGAAGAGGAGUCGGCAGCGCAGAACUCUUCGAACCACUCAAACCCAAAGAGGAUAACGAUGAGCCGGAAGGAAAGCAGUGUGUACGGUCUGUUGCCGAACCAAUCGAAGGAGUUCAAGAUCGCGACCCAGGAGGGAGGGUUCAACAGUGGGAGGACGUACACGUACAGGGCUCAGGAUGAGGAUGAGCUGUGCUUGUGGUUGGAUCAUCUGUACAAGACCAUGGCGGCUGCGCGACAGAAGUACAAAAGGAGCAGGCUGUCGAAGCAAACGCUGCUGAUGAAGAUGAGGGGCAGCACUCUCCAUAUCUAUGAGUCCACCGUCGUGCAGACAAUCAUCGCAAUCCUGAUCUUGUGCAGCUUUGUAUUCGACCUAAUCGAGUCCGAGCUGCUUCCUGACAGCAACUCUCCUGUUGGUGGAGUCUUCAGAACGGCUGAGAUCACUUUCACGACCAUCUUCUGUGCGGAACUUGCGCUGAACUUGUUUGCAAAGUCUGCCAACUACUUCAAAGCAUUCUAUACGGACCCCUACAGCUUGUUGGACCUGGUCGUUGUCUCCAUCUCAGUCCUCUCCGUCAGCUUGUCUGGUCUGCCUGGGCUGCAGCUUCUCAGAACGAUUCGAAUUUUUCGGGUGGUGAGGCUAUUCCGACGUCUGCAGUCUCUGAAUCGGAUCCUACGUGCUCUUACCGCAUCCUUGUAUCCCGUUGCAAACAGCUUCGUCGUUCUCCUCAUCGUGACUUGCGUUUAUGCCUCGUUCGGCACGCACUUGUACUGCGAGCGGUCCAAGUUCUUCGCUCAGUUCUCAUGUAUGCACAGAGGGGAGGAGGUGGAGGUCAGGGAAGAAGAGCAAGACGGCAGAACGGGAGUCAAGGAGGUGGAGGAUAGGGGACGGGCAAGCUUGUUCACGCUGUUCCAAGUCGUCACCGGCGAUAGCUGGGCUUCUUCCGUUGCAAGGACGCUGUUCGUGUCGGAAGAGGGAAAGGUUGACCUCGGCGUCGCCUUCUUCUUCGUCAGCUACGUCCUCCUUGCUGGGGUCGUGCUGAUCAACAUCGUGGUGGCGGUGCUUCUGGACGAGUUCAUAACGUCAGUCACAGAGGAGAAGGAGCGGCAGAACAGGGUCAAGGACGCGGAGAGGAACAGGCAUCGGACCAAGGGUCCCCUUGACCCCCUCACGGGUUACCUGGCGAGGUUCCAGGACGAGGAGGACCUGGAGGAAAAGAUUGACACCCUCUUCAAGAGGCUCGACCUGGACGGCUCGGGUCACCUGGACUUCCUGGAGCUGCAGAUGGCGCUGAAGCAGCUGCCGACGUUGUCGGAGCAGAUCUACAUCAGCCAGGAUGACUUUGACAUGAUGACGAAGCGAGGGAAGCUCUGCAACGAGGAGGGAAGCUUCGACUCUGCUCUGUUCCAGGACAUCAUGAGGAAGGAGCUGAGGAGGUUUGCUGGACUCUUGCUGAACGAUGCGAUGAUGGAGACUGACACGAUGGAGUUUCGCGCCAUCACGCUUCAUCUGAAACUCAUGGAGCUUCAAGUCGAGAUGCUGGGAAAGAUGGUAAUGGAGCAGAGCAAAACACUCAGCUCCAAGAUUGAGACAAACUUCGCCGCGCACGACCAAAAGUUAUCAAAUGUGGAGGAUCAGCUCAACAAGCUCUGCUCGGCGUUGCUUCCUCCUCCCGCUGCUGCUGCUGCUGCUGCUGCGGCAUAUCCCUCUGUGAGGGCUGCUACCUCUACUGCACCCGCAGCAUCUCCUCCUCCUCCUCCUCCUCCUCCUCGUGUGAGGAGCGAUUGUGAGGACAAGAAGCAGAAGACUGAGACUGGACAAGAAUCGGCGGAGGAAGUGAAGCCUCGCCCCGAAGAUACACGGGUGGAUCAGAAAGUCGAGGAGGAGGAGGGAGCGGAGGAGGAGGAGGAGGGCGAGGUCGUACAGGAGGAGCUUGAUGCGUCUUUCGGCGAAGCGAACCCAAGUUUCAUUACGGUCGCUCCUCCUAUGUGGGUUGACAGACCCAGUACAGAAGUGGAGCGGAGGAAGGAGGAGGACAGGACAAGGAAGAAUGAAAAAGUUGGCAGCGGAACGACAGAGGAGGCAAAAGGGGAAGGAGGAGAGGAAGCGGAGGAGGAGAAGAAGAGGGAGAGGAAAAGGAGGGGGCUCCUGCUGCUCAGUCCCCUCGUCCUUACUGAGGGCUAUCAUCAGUCUGCUGUAAAAGAGCACAACGGUAGGAGGCAUCUAUAA